GGACUCCUUUACACUGGGCCGCUGUAAGUAGUAUCAAGGAACACUUUCACUCCAUCUUGGGUAAAACGAUCUUGCCCAAACCCUUGAAGGUCAUGCUGAAGGAAAAUUACUAACUUCUCUUUCAAGUGCAGUGGUAAGAGAGCUGUUGUCAUGUACGGGAUUAAAAGCGACCAAGAUACGGGUAACCCGCCCACCGUCUCUCGCGAAGUCUUCUCACUAAGUGGUGGCGAAUCAAGUGGUCAUGAGGAGGUGACAAAGUUUCUUCUAGAGUCGGGGGCCGACCCAAAUGUGAGGAAUAAAGAAAAUCAGACCGCUCUACAUUGGGCUGCCGUAUCUGGGAAUCCAAGGAUCGUGAGCCUAAUACUCUCCAAGGGCGCCGAAUCGAGCAUUCAAGACAUUCGUGGCCUUACACCAUGGCAGUUUGCUGUAGAGAACAGAGCGGAUGAGACGGCCAUCAAGCUGCUCGCCCCUCCGAGUCAAUAGAAACAGGCACGAAAAGUCAUCGAUUCCCAAGAUGCAUCUGCAAUGUUGAUUCGUGAAAAUAGAUAGGUAGCUAUUGAUAUCA